AUGAACUCCUCUACCUCUUCAACAGCUUUCUCUAACAAACCAACAAGCUUAAAAACAAGUUUCUCUGAAAAGCUCAUAUUAAUUAAUGUGCUACUAGUUGGCUGUAAGGGUAAUGGCAAGAGCCACACAGGCAACACCAUCCUGGGCCAGGAGGCCUUCAGAGUCACCAGGAAAGGAGGAACAGAAAAGUCCAGUCUGUACAGCAGCAGACAUGAGGUUGAUGGAGUCAGUAGGAAGGUGACAGUAGUCGACACCCCUGGAGUCUCCCAGGAGAUGACAGAGUCUGAGUUUGAGGAGCUGGUUCGAGCUGUGAAGAUGGUUCCUGAGGGUUUUGAUGCCAUCUGUCUGGUCUGGGACUAUGACAGCUCUGAGAGGAAUGAAGAAAAAGAGGUCCAAGUGUUCCAGUCCCUCCACAGGCUGUUUGGUGAUGGACUGUACAAGCAUCUUGUCAUCCUGGUCACACAUGCUCAGCAGGAAAACAUCCCAGAGUUCAUUGAACACCUGCCAACUGCUAUGAGAGAAAUUGCAAAAAAAUGCCAUGACAGAGCAAUUGCAUUUGAAAAUAGAAAUAAAAUGGCCAACCAUGAAGCAUUAAGAGCACUUAUUGAACACUUCAAAAUGUCCAUUAGGGGUGGAAAGUACACCACCUCAGAUCUUUCUCCCCUCUGCCAAAUCCCAAAAGGCGAGGAACUUGGUAUUGUACUGGUAGGGAAAACUGGUGUGGGGAAAAGUCACACAGGGAACAGUAUUACUGGUACAAAGCAUUUUGGAAUAUCUGAUAAAGCUAAGUCAGAAACCCAAAAAUGUGAGCAACACAUUAGGGAAAAGGACAGGCAAAUUACUGUCCUGGAUACUCCAGGAGUGUUUGACACUGGUAAUGUAAUGGACAUCUGUGAAGAACUCUGCCGUAUUGUAACAUUCUUCCCAGAUGGUCUUCAUGCAGUUGUUCUUGUCCUCAGAAGAGGAAGGUUCACCCGGGAGGAGGCUGAAGUGCUUAGAAUAUUUCAACUUAUGUUUGGGGAAAGCUUUCAUGAACAUUCUAUACUUCUUAUUACUGCAAAGGAUGAACUUACAAGCAGCGAAAAGGAAUAUCUUGGAACUGCUCCUGAAGACCUUAAAAAUAUAAUUGAAAAAUGUCACAACAACUGUGUCUUCUUCAACAAUGUCUCCAAUGAUGAGACCAUACUAAGAAUGCAACUUGUUGAACUGAUCAGGUUAGUUGAUGAUAUUGUGAACAAAGAGGGAGUAUACACUGAUGAAUUGUUUGAAGAAGGAAAGAAAGAAAUGAAUAAAGUCAUACAAGAACUUACCACUGACAAGGCUACAGAAUGUAGUUGGAAAGAUGUUACUAAGGCAAUGAAAAUGAAGGCAAGAGAUACAGUUACGAGUAGAAACUACAAUAACACAGGUCUGUUCCAAAGAAUUCAAGCAAAGCUCCAAUCAGUCUGGGACAGAAUCAAAUCUUGGAGUUGGACCCUCUGGUAACAGCUUCAAAGUAGGAUGUGUACUAACAGUUAACAGUUGUAAAGGCUCGAAAUACAACAGCUGGGUGCCUGUGCACCUUACUUAAGUGCACACAAAUUUGGGGCUGCGCACCCAAUUGUUUUCUGUGGGUACGCCAGUGCACCUUAGUAUUUUUUGUAGGUUUACAGUAAGUAGUAUACAGCAUAUUGUUAACACCUAAA